AUGAAUAAGCUCAGUAAAGAGGCAAAAGACAAAAAGUUUGACUUCCAAACCUGGUCUCCCCCAACUGGGAAACUGAGUGUUUCGGUGACUGUGUCUGUCUUGACACUGACCUUCAUAUCGGUCGAUCGAUGGUACGCAAUUUGCUUCCCUUUGAAGUUCAAAUCUACCACUGGAAGAGCCAAGACAGCGAUCGGGAUAAUCUGGGUUGUAGCAUUGGCAUGUGAAAUUCCUGAACCGAUAUACCUAACAGCAAUGCCGUACAAGGAGUCCUUCGUUUACUUCACUCAAUGCGGUCCCACAUGGUCCACAGAAACAGACACCGUCUUCAUGAUUGUGAAAAUGGUCUUUUUCUACCUGAUUCCGCUGCUUUUUAUGUCCGUUGCUUAUAUUCAAAUAAUUCGUGUACUAUGGAAAUCUGGCAACGCACCACACCACGCAAUGG